GUGUCCAUGUAAAAUCCAACAAUGUCUUUAUUACAAAAUAUUUACAGGAACACACUAAUUUCCAAGCUCUAACGCCUCAGUCUAAUGAACAAAUGUCAAUAAAAUGACCUGUUCUUGGAUAAAUAAGUAAGCAAAAAUUCUAAAACUAUUGAUGGGACUUUUUCCUCCAGCAAUGGCCCAGGAGACCAACCAGAGCCCGGUUCCCAUCCUGUGCACUAUGGGCUGCGGGUUCUAUGGCAAUCCCAGGAAUAAUGGGAUGUGCUCGGUGUGUUACAAAGAGCACCUGAGUCGACAGCAGAGUAGUGAUCGCAGCCCAGUGAGUCCUCUAGGAGCAGGAAGUCCGUCCUCGGAGGCCUCGGCCAUGCAGAGACUAGAAAGCAGCCUAAACAAAACGGAGCCAGCGAGUACAGAGUCGACGACGAUGGCGAUCCUGCCCGCCACCUCCCUGCCCGUCACACAGCAGAUGACCGAGAUGAGCAUCUCCACAGAGGAGAAGAUCCAGUCCCCUUCCUGCACCGCUGCUCCAGCAGUGGUAAACCAGCCCACAGCUUCCUGUUCGCCACUCAGCGACGUGGCCAAGAGUCCCGACGACGGCAAACCCAAGAAGAACCGCUGCUUCACCUGCCGCAAGAGAGUCGGCCUGACAGGUUUCGACUGCCGGUGCGGCCAGCUGUUCUGCGGCAUCCAUCGUUACUCGGACAAGCACAACUGCACGUACGACUACAAGGCCGAGGCGGUCGCAAAGAUCCGCAAGGAAAACCCGGUGGUGGUGGCCGACAAGAUCCAGAGAAUAUAAAAGAGAAAAUCGCUGACCGAACGAGGACAGAGAAGAAUUUAGCUGAAACGGACGACGGAUUUACGUUUUUGUAUCGCGGCGGUGAGGACGAAGCGGGACAAAGACAAACCGCCGCGCGAGGACGAAGCGUUAACACGACUUUAUGUUCUGAGUAUUUUAUUUUCCUUCAGCUGCAUCAUCUGUUCUUCCACGUGUGUGAUAAACCAACCAGAGCUCAGAGAAUCAAUCCAGCCAAUCAAAUGAAGAUCUGAAGGAUGAAGGGGUUUGAAUCUGAAUCAUUGUGGAAUCAAGUGGAAAUGAGAUUCAGCUGGUUCGUUUCCCCAUGGAACACUGGGCGCAAGUCUGGCGCCAAUUUCUCACAGGGCUUCAACCAAUAAAUCAGUCCGAACACCCAACCAAUAGCACAGCAGAGAUUCGAACCCAGAUCUUGGCGGCAGUGGGUUAGAGUAAUGAGCUGCGGCGCCACCAUAAAUGGAUUCAAAUCAAAUAAAAAAGAUCCAAAUCAAAACAGUUUUGAAUCAAAUAAAAAAAAGAUCUGAAUCAAAAGUUUUGAGUCAAAUAAAA